CUUCAAGAUGAACGGCGACACCUACUCAUCUAGGGACACUGGACGUUCCCGCGAUUACUUCCGCGACGAGCGACGUGAUCGAGACCGAGGCGACAGAACCGAACGCGGAGCUGACAGAGCUGCCGACCGAGGUGCUGAACGUGGUUCCGAACGAGGAACCGAGCGUGGAGCUGAACGGGGCGAUCGGAGUGAUCGAGGUGAACGACGCCGAUCGCGUUCGCCUCAUCAUGGGUCCCGAGGUGACUCUCGUCGGGAGCGCGAAGUGAACUCAUACUCAACCAGCCGUGACUACCGUGCCCGUGAGCGCGAAGACCGUUACUCUGGCCGCCGUGAUGAUCGAGAUUGGGACCGUGGCGACCGUGCCGAGCGUGGGGGUGGUGACCGCGGUGGUGGUGACCGGGGCGAUCGUCGCCGACGUGACUUUGACGACAGACCUCGCCGCGACCUGUUUGAUGACCGACGCGGCGGCGGACGUGGUGGCGGAGACCGUGGUGAUCGCGGAGACCGUGGAGACCAGAGCGCAAGCGAAGCGCCACACCCCCCGCGGCGCAAGGAGCCUACUCCUGAUCUGACAGAUGUCCCCUCGGUGUUGACCCGCAAGCGUCGUUUGACUCAAUGGGAUAUGAAGCCUCCUGGUUACGAGAAUGUUACUGCUGAGCAGGCAAAGAUCUCAGCAGCCGAUGGACCCCAGCCGCAUGAAGGACUUCCUGAACCCCCUACUGGCGAUAGUGAGAACGCUGCCCUCAAGCCCUCCAACUCUCGCCAAUCAAAGCGCCUUUUCGUUUACAACAUCCCGCCCGGUGUCUCAGGCGAUGCCGUUAUUUCCUUCUUCAAUCUUCAGUUGAAUGGUCUCAAUGUUAUUCACAAUGUCGACCCCUGCAUCUCAGCCCAAGUUUCGGAAGAUAAAUCAUUUGCACUUCUGGAGUUCAAGGAUCCAAAUGAUGCUACAGUUGCAUUGGCAUUUGAUGGAAUUACCAUGGCGGAGAGUGGAGACAAGGGACUUGAAGUGCGACGACCAAAGGACUACAUUGUCCCCGACGGCAGCGCAUCUCAACCAGUGCAACCAGAUGUUGUUCUGACUGAGGUUCCCGACUCACCCAACAAGAUCUGUAUCUCUAAUAUUCCCACCUACAUCAACGAGGAAGCUAUUAUCAUGCUGCUCAAGUCAUUCGGUGAUCUUAAGUCAUUUGUCUUGGUCAAGGAUGCUGCUACAGAGGAGUCUCGGGGAAUUGCCUUUUAUGAAUACGUCGACCCGAACAACACUGCUCUGGCCGUCGAAGGCUUGAACGGCAUGGAGCUUGCCGACCGUCACCUCAAGUUUGUUCGCGCUAGUAUUGGAACCACACAGGCCUCUGGUCUUGACAUGGGCGUGAAUGCCAUGCAAAUGUUUGCCAAGACUACCUCCCAGGAUCUCGAGACCACCCAGGUCUUGCAGCUUCUCAACAUGGUCACGCUUGAUGAGCUUCUCAAUGACGAAGAUUACGAAGAAAUCAUGGAGGAUGUGAGCGAGGAAUGCUCCAAGUUCGGAAAGAUUCUCUCAGUGAAGAUUCCCCGCCGUGGACACGGCGCUGGCAAGAUCUUCAUUAAGUACGAUAGCGCUGAAUCUGCCACCAACGCUCUCAAGGCGCUGGCGGGUCGCAAGUUCUCUGACCGUACAGUCGUUGCUUCGUACUUCGGGGUUGAGAACUUCGACACCGAGGCCUGGUAA